UGAGAUAUACGUAAUAGAGGUGUCGUGCCUCUUUAUUAGGACACAUUCAUAUCUUGGCAGAAAAGCAGAAAAGCAGAAACCAAUCAGAACUCGCGCUGACAACUAUUUAUUUAAAAUGGAUUAUCAUAGUAAGCAAUUGAUGGAAGAUGAUGUAUUAGAAACAAAAAAUAUAUCCAAAACGAACACAAGUGCAUCUGUAAAAAGCAAUAAGGAAAAAGAUGUCAAAUCUACAAAUUCCAGUCUCUCAUUUUCUGACAAGUUCAAAGUGGAAAUGCAAAUAUUGAAAUUAUCUGAGGAAUCUGAGCAACAGCUUUACGAUAGUCUUAUGCAUAUUUAUGGAAAUAAUUUUAAACUUGCUGAUACUACAGAGCUUGUGGACAAAACAUCAAAUUUAGACAAACAAUAUUGGAUGGAACAAGGUAAUUUAGUUGUCAAAGGAAUAAUAGAUUAUUCUUCUAAAGAUACUACACUAAAGACUCAGGAUCAAAUAACACAACAAUUUGCAACAUCUAAAUUAGAAAGCUAUGGUUUUCAUAUUUCACAUUGUAUACAAGCUUUAACAUAUACAAAAGGCAAUUUAGGAAAAUCUUUAGAACUGUUGUUUUACAAAUACUAUGGAAUUGAAAAUAUUCAAAAAAAUAAAAAUCUUGAUAUUCCGGAUGCUGUUGAAUUAUUAGAAAGACAGCAGGAAGAAAAGGUAGCACUCGAAUCAAUUUAUGGCGAUGCUUUUUUGGAAAAAAUAAAAAAUUCUAUUUGGAUAGUACAAUUAAAGUUAGAUUAUUUAACAAAUGGUAAACAAAUUGAACCAGUAGCAAAAAAACCAGAAGAGAAAAAGCCAGAAAAAAAAGUAUGUCAACUUUUCAUUCAUAAUAAGUGCAGAUUUAAAGACAAAUGCAGAUUUCUACACCAAUUACCACAGAAAGUAUCAAAUGUGCCAAUUCUAAAAGAUUCAUAUUUCACGCUAGAGAUAAGAUUUCCUGAAGGAUGUAAAUAUCCAUAUGAACCACCGUAUUUUUAUUUUUAUAAGAACAAUGAAAUAUUUCCACGUCUAAAAUGUCUCAGGAUAGCAAGAAGAUUGCACAAUGAAGCCUUGUUAUUAUCUCUUGAUGGCAUUCCGUCAAUAUUUUCUAUAAUUUCACUAUUAGAAAAUGAAUAUGAGAUAAAAACUUAUUUGGAGGAAGAUAAGGAACAAUUUUUGCAUCAGUAUGAAGCAUUGUGCCCAAAGAAACAGAAAGAAGAGAAGGAAGAAGAACUGGCUAGUCAUUACAAACUUGGUAGCACCAGUAAAAGAAACAGAGAUAUCUCCUAUGAACAGAUUAUUGAGGAAGAUGAUUUGAUAGCAAUAAGUUUUAGGGAUAAACAGAAAAAUCCUAAUUACAUAAAAAUGCAGAAGACACGAAAAAAAUUGCCCGCAUGGCUUAAAACAAGUGAAAUUUUGAAAAUUAUACGUGAAAAUCAAAUUGUUAUCAUUUCUGGCGAAACUGGAUGUGGCAAAAGCACUCAGGUACCUCAGUUUAUUUUAGAUGACUGGAUUAUUAAUAGAUCACAGUCAGAGAAUACGUCUCAUAUUAAUAUAAUAUGCACUCAACCGCGAAGAAUAAGUGCCAUAGGAGUUGCGAAACGAGUGGCAGCUGAGAGAGAUGAAUCUAUAGGAAAUACUAUUGGAUAUCAGAUACGUUUGGAGAGUAAAAUGUCUAGUAAAACACGACUAACAUUUUGCACCAUGGGAAUACUAUUGCAGAGAUUAUCGGGGAAUCUCGAGUUAUCAGAUGUGACUCAUGUUAUAGUUGACGAAGUGCAUGAAAGAAGCGCCGAGAGUGAUUUUUUAUUGAUGCUUUUAAAAGAAUUAUUACCAAAAAGACCGUCUUUGAAAAUAAUAUUGAUGAGCGCAACGCUUAAAGCCGACAUAUUCUCCUCAUAUUUUGGAAAAGUACCAGUUCUAAAUAUCCCGGGAAAAACUUUUCCAGUCGAACAGAUUUUCCUUGAAGACGCGCUCGAAAAAACCAAAUAUGUUCUCGAAGAAAAUACUCAGUUCACUCGUAAAAUCAAAUAUGAUUGGGAUCAGUUUGAAAUCGAUUUGGAAAUGGCUAAAUUGAAAAUCGGUGAAUUGUGCAACGACACACCCAAAGAAUCUAUUCAGGACGAAAAUUUGACGUUGAUGCAACUCAUCAGUAGAUAUCCUGGCUGUUCCAAGCAAACGUAUAAAAAUUUAUACAUUAUGGAUCAGGAGAAGAUUAAUUUUGAAUUAAUAGAAAAGACUUUAGAAUGGGUUGUUUUUGGAAAACAUGUCUAUCCUAAAACUGGUUCUAUCUUAGUAUUCCUACCAGGUAUGAGUGAUAUUCUUGCAUUGAAAAAUCAAUUACAUAAUAAUAAUAAUUUCUCGCCAAAGAAUAAAAAAUUUCUUAUUGUAUCUUUGCACUCGAGUCUUUCUAAUGAGGAGCAAAAUCUUGUAUUUAAGAAGACCGGAGAAGAUGUACGCAAAAUUGUACUUAGCACAAAUCUGGCUGAGACAUCUAUAACUAUAGACGAUUGCGUAUUCGUGAUCGAUACGGGAAAGAUGAAAGAGACUAGAUUUAAUUCGAAUCAAAAUAUGGCAAGUUUAGAUACUUGCUGGAUAUCACGAGCGAAUGCUGUUCAAAGAAUGGGUCGUUCUGGUCGAGUAAUGCCUGGAGUGUGCAUCCAUUUGUACACUUCGUGUAGAUUCAAAUAUCACUUUGGUGCUCAACCGAUACCAGAAAUACUAAGAAUUCCCUUAGAACCACUACUUUUACAUAUUCAGCUUAUGCACAAAGGAAAAAAAGUGGAUUUAUAUGAUAUAUUAGGGAAGAUGAUAGAACCACCAACGAUCGACAAUAUUAAGAGCGCGAUAAUACGUUUGCAGGAUGUCGGCGCUUUUAAUUCGGAACCUGUAUUAACGCCGCUCGGUCAUCAUUUAGCCAAACUACCUGUAAAUGUGCGAAUCGGAAAAUUAAUACUAUACGGUGCCAUUUUUUGCUGCUUAGAUUCCGCGCUUACUAUCGCCGCAUGUUUAUCUCACAAAAGUCCGUUUAACGUACCGAUCGAUAUGAUAAACAAGAUAGAUCCUAAGAAAAACUUCUUUACAGCCGAAUCGGACCAAUUAACCGUCCUUAACGCUUAUAAGAAAUGGUUAGCCACGUGUUCACGUAGUACUUAUGCUGGUAAAGUAUUCGCCGAUAAAAAUUAUUUAUCCAUACAAACAUUGCAUCAUUUAGCGGAUAUAAAAUAUCAAUUUUUGGAGUUGUUGGUAUCGAUCGGUUUCGCGCCUAUCGAUUUACCUAAGAAAAAACCUAAGAUUGAUAAUAUCUUAGAGAUCACUGGAGCUGAAUUAAAUGUCAACAAUGAAAAUUACAAGCUAUUGCAGGGUCUUCUCUGCGCUGCAUUAUAUCCUAACAUCGUAAAGGUUUUCACACCUGGAAAAUCAUUUCAAGCGCAAUCUACUGGCAUGAUACCAAUGCGACCCAAACCAAACGAAUUAAAAUUCAAGACAAGACACGAUGGUUUUGUCAAGAUUCAUCCAUCAUCUGUGAAUUUUCAUGUUGGACAUUUCAUAAAUCCGUACUUAGUGUUUCAAGAGAAGUUCAAAACUAGCCAAGUUUUCAUUAAAGAAGUGUCUAUGAUUCCAAUUCUAUCUUUAAUAUUAUUCUCUAGUUAUGAAUUACGCACGGAAAUGCACGAUGGAAGGUAUAUGCUUUCUCUGGAUGAUGGUUGGAUAAUGUUCGCGAUGGAAUCACACAACGUGGGCCUACUUUUGCAAAGAAUGAGAAUAGAAUUAGCAAAAUUAUUAGAGCAAAAAAUGCAAGAUCCUCUAUUGAAUCUUUUAAAUCAUCAACAAGGCAAAAAAAUUAUAUGUACAAUUGUAAAUAUAGUAACAAAAGAAUAGGCAACAAAAAAAUUGUAACUGUCAUUACAAAUGUUUCAUAAACAGACAUGAGGCCUUAAGAAAAAAUAAAUAUUGUAUUAUAUAUAGCAUAUAUACAU